CGAAAAAAGCAAAAAAAAAAAAAGUAAUCUGAGACUUCCCAAGCGAAAAAAAGUCACCACGCUCUCAGAACACACCAACAGCCGCCCUGUUGAUCUCUAGGAAACCCUGUAUCCACUAUUUCUGGACUCUGCUGCCCACCUUCUUCUUCCCCAGCCAUCACUAAAUUUGUCCUGAUGCCCCACAACACUAUGACCCAGAUUGAAGUCCCCGACAAUCAUGUGCAAAUCGGAGGCAGGAAGUCCAAGUUGGCUGUCAUCCAGCUGAAGCUUGUCAAGCAGCAGAUCGAGGACGCAUUUCCACAUCUCUCCUGCUCGGUCUUGGCUCUCAGUACGUUGGGGGACAAGGUGCAGCUGAAACCGCUCUAUUCGUUUGGCGGAAAGUCGUUGUGGACGAAAGAACUCGAGGCGCUUUUGAUGGAACCUAUCGGCGACUUUCCCCAGCUAGACUUGAUUGUACACUCCUUGAAAGACAUGCCCACAUACUUGCCCGAUGAGUUUGAGUUGGGGUGUAUUUUGGAACGAGAGGACCCACGAGACGUUCUUGUCAUGAAGAAAGGAUCGCCCUACAAACUGCUCCGUGACUUGCCGCAGGGCUCUGUCGUGGGAACUUCGUCUUUGAGAAGACAGGCUCAGCUCCUCAAAUCCUGCCCCCACCUCAACUUCCACGAUGUGCGAGGCAAUCUUGCUACGCGCUUGGCGAAGUUGGAUGACCCGGAGUCUCCUUAUGCGUGUAUUGUGUUGGCAGCGGCCGGGCUUAUCCGUGAAGGGUUGGCCGAGAGAAUCACGUGUCUGUUGGACGCCCCCGACAUGUACUAUGCUGUUGGACAGGGAGCGCUCGGCAUCGAGAUCAGAAGAGAGUGUCUGUUCAUGAAACCCCUCCUCUCCCACUUGGAACAUCGCCCGACAGCCUUUUGCUGCACAGCAGAGCGGACGAUGAUGAAGUUGUUGGAAGGUGGGUGCUCGGUGCCCUUGGGCGUGCAAACGAUAUACGACGACGAAACGGAGGAGCUUUUCUUCAAAGGCAUAAUCGUUAGCCCAGAUGGUACAGAAUCUGUCGAGGCUGAGGUGAGAGCUAUUGUCCGAAGCAAGAGUGACGCCGAGAAGGCAGGAGAGGAAAUGGCGCACAAGCUCACAGAGCUUGGCGGCAAGGAGAUAUUGAAUGCCAUCAACUUCGAAAAGAUCAACCAAGCGCCUCCUUCGUGAGGUGUGGCCACGGUUCCACGCCCUGCCACUCCUCCAGCGCUUGGCCAUAUCAUACAACAAACUGCAUUUUAAUUUCUUUCUGGGAUCGACAUUAUUCUUCUCGACUCUUUGCCAUCACAAACAUGUAAUGUGUUUGGCGGCUUCUGGCAUUGCUUUCUACAAAACGGUUAUUUAUACAUUCUUUUCACUGCUAAUAUUUUCUCACUUCUUUUUUUUUGUUUUUGGGGUUAUGGUUGUGUUCAUCGAAGAGGAAACCAAAAGGCUUAGAAUUUCACUGUAUAUAUUGAUUUAGAAAUAUUACGCUUUUAUUAGGCUCAUUCUAGCUUUCAUUAGGCUCAUUCUAGCUUUCAUUAGGCUCAUUCGGGCUUUUAUUAGGCUCAUUCGGGCUGCUGCGGAGGAAGCGAGGGCCAAUGCUGGGAGGCGGCGACCUUGGCCCUUCUCGGUCGGCAGUCAAAUGCCAACCAAACUUAACAUACUUGGAACUACG